CUCAUACACCGCAAGCGCAAGUCCAGGUAGCGGCGCAACGGACACUGUUUCUUCAGCUUUAAACACCGCCGCUCCCACCGUCCCCUCUGCCAGUUCCUCUGCUUUGGAAUCUGCUUCUGGUAACUGCUGCGAUUCUGGUGGUUCUUCCUCUACUGCCACUUUUGUAACUGAGUUCGCAUCCUCUUCUAAUUGCAUGGAAUCUCGUUCUGAAGAAGGGUCUAUUGGCACAGCCUCUGGACCUUCUGGUUCUUUAGCGUCUUCUAAGGCGCAGCCCAUUGCCGCCUCCAAGGAUCCGUCUACCGAGUUGGCUUGUCGUUUAGUAUAUGCAUCCUCAACUGUCAUAACUCGUGAAAGUUCAGCUUCUAAAGACACGUAUCUUUCUGAGUCUGCUAUUUCUACUGCCGAUGCACCAACUUCAUCACUGAUGUUAUCAUCACACAAGAAAGAAAAGUGCUGCGAUGGAACAGACGAUGGUGAUGGAACAGUCGAUGGCGAUGGAACAGAUGAUGGUGAUGGAACAGACGUCGAGUGUGCGUCAUCCCUGACAGUGGAGUCCUUGACGCAGCAGGUGGAGCAGCUGAAGAAGCAGCUUGCAGCCAGCAGGUGCAAUCAGCUGCAAUGCUCAGUUUGCCGCGGGGCGUUCGAGGAGCCGUUGGUGUCGACCGUGUGCUGGCACGUGCACUGCCGCGGCUGCUGGCUCAGCAUCAUCGUGAACAAACGCCAGUGCCCGCAGUGCCAGGCUAUCAUAGGGCUGCCGGACCUGCGACGNAGUUAG